AUGAAUUUCGCAACCUCCGCGGCAAACCAGCUGGCCCAGACGGCACCCCUGAACCUGUCCACGGAGCGCCCACUGUGCGGGGCUUUUUCUUCUGGCUUUCAAUCGACCUGUUUUGCCGGACUCUCCUGGGCUCUUCGACAGUCGAGCUUCAAUACCGCCCUGCUGAACAUUCAGUCGCCCUUCCUGACAGACCUUCCCUCGCCUCUGAGGCUGCCGAGCGCAGCCCCACUGACAAUGGGUUGUACCGAGGCUGACUUCUCCUAUCAGGAAUUCAGCUCCAUUGACAGUCCUCCCGCAACCGACUGGGGUGCGCUAUCAAAGUGGCUAGACCUCCAGUCUGGGGGUGGUCCACCCUCUCCCGAGUUCAAAUUAGCCGACGGCUCUCAGGUGGAGGAAGAACCCAAGCCAAAUUUUAAUUACAUCGGUGAGUUGCGUCAGUUUAGAAAAAACAAUGCGUCUUCUGCCGGUAAAAACCGGAGUGACUUUGCCGCAGAAAUAUAA